AUGGCCGGUGUCAAAGCUUACGAACUAAGAACCAAAUCCAAGGAGCAAUUGGAAAACCAAUUGGUUGACUUGAAAAAGGAAUUGGCUGAACUUAAAGUUCAAAAAUUGUCUAAACCAUCUUUGCCAAAGAUUAAAACCGUCAGAAAGGACAUUGCCCGUGUCUUGACUGUCUUGACCCAACAACAAAGAGAAGCUGUCAGACAAUUAUACCAAGGUAAGAAAUAUCAACCAAAGGACUUGAGAGCUAAGAAGACCAGAGCUUUGAGAAGAGCUUUGACCAAAUUUGAAGCCACAAGAAUCACUGAAAAGCAAAGAAAGAAGCAAAUUGCUUUUCCACAAAGAAAAUAUGCUAUCAAAGCUUAA